AUGCCCUGCGCUAUCCGCGCUGAUUUUGAGGCAUGGGUAGAAAGUCAAGGCGUAAGUGAUACAUGGACACGGUGGCGCAUGUGUAUGGUCAUCGACAAAGAAUGCUUGCAGACGCUGAAAGGCAUAACAGCCGAAACCCUAGAAGAUGACUUACGCGCCAAUCCUCUCCGCGACGGCAAGAUCCGAUACGUCAAAGGACUCGAAGCUUUCCCUGAAAUUGACCAGUAUAAUACAUUCCCUGGCUGGAUGAAAAGCUGGACCUCUGCGCUCUGGGAUCUGUGGUCAAACAUGGAAGAUGGAGCACCAAUGAGCCUUCAGUUCGAGUUGAUCGAUGAAGACGACGACGGGAUCUACUGCGGAUGA